UGCGCGACGCGAUAAGUCGUGGUCGUGUCGAAAUCGUUCUGUGCGUGCGCCGUGCGACGGUGACUCAUUGCGUGGGACAAUGACUUCGAAUAUUGUGAAAUGCUCAAACUGUGAUGUUGUUAUCAACGAGUUACUAACUUUUGUGCGCAAUGUCAUGGACUACAUGGACGAGGAAAGCAUACACCAGCUGUGCACCACCUCCUUUUCAAUUGACGAUAUUGCGAAGGCGAAAUCGUUACUUUUUGAAUCGAUGCCGAAUGCGAAGAAAAUGCCACUGCGCCGUAAAAAGGACAAGAAGAGAAUGUCGAGAGAUCUAGAUGAUAUUAUUAAUUUAAUGAAAAGUGCCGAUCCUCAGAUAUUCCCGAUUUUUGUGGCUAGAGAUCUACAUUUGGUCCCACCAGUGACCUUUGAUCACGUAGAUGUAACCAGGUUGCUUAAGGAUAUUCUCUGUCUGAAAAGUCAACUGAAUGCAUUGGAGGAGAAGGUAAUAACAUCAGAUCAGUUUAAUCUUCUCAAACAAGAGAUCGAGCACAUAAAACAUGCAUCUUUGAUUGACGAUUUUUCGCCUCGAGAUAAUGUAAACAAGGGAAGAGGGGCAUGUUUGCAAAACAGUUUUAUGAUGAGUAGCGGACCUAUUGGACUUCCAUAUGUACCUGAAUAUGUGCCGAUAAAGGCAUCACAAACAUCAGCUGUUGCCGGAAUUAUCAACCAACCCUCACUAGUGAGACAUUCAUCGUCAAAGGAGCUAGAUGCGGAUGAUUCUGUCUCUUUUACUUACGCGCAAAAUAAAGCAACGGAGGAUGCUAACCGAACUGAGGCCCUGGCGCAUACUGCGGUUACGUCAAUGAGUAAUAUAGGUGAUAGCCGGGCGGUACCGGUAUGCAGUGACAGCAUUAGUACAAGUGAGACAGAGAAUCGCGAUGUGCGAGUGGGGGCCCCGGCGGCUGCUACGGUUUCGACGGAACCGGUUGCCUCGGGGUACGGCACGAGCGCUUCCGACGGUCACGGCCUUACUACUGGAAAUCGAUCGACUGAGGUUGUUAUCGAGCGGGCGCUUAUCUCAAGUGCAACACGAAUUGAUGCGCGCGGCGGCCUCUCUGCGCGAGAUCCCAGUGUGAAAUAUGAUCAAGUGGUAGGGGACUCGGAAUGGCAAAUUGUUCAAAAGAAAUCUGCGAAGCGUUACAAGCUAAUUGGGCAGAGAGGUAGUGCUCCCACUGCCCCUGAUGGUAAAUUUAAAGCAGCUGAUGUGAAAGUGCCACUCUUAAUCUCAAAUGUAAGUAAAGAUGCAAGUGUAAGUGACAUAAUUAGCUAUAUUCAAGACAAAACUGAUGAAAGUGUAUCGUUAAAAAAGAUUAAUAUGCGAAAAACAAAACCGUACAAUUCAUAUAAGUUAUACGUUUCAAAGUGUAAAGUAGAUUUAUUUUUAAAGGAUAAUUUCUGGCCAAGUGGAGUUACAUUUAGGCGUUUUGUGAACUUUUUGUAUAAGAAGGGGUCAGUAGUUAAAGAUAGUCAACACUUAGUAAAAUGAUUGUAAGUACUGAAAAAUUAACCUUGACUAGUUUUAAUUGCUUUUUUGUUACACGAUCGAUUAAUGAUAUACGGAACAUUUGUGGAAUGUCGGAUGUAGUGGCGCUUCAGGAGACAUGUCUACUCCCCCAUGAUAUUCCACUGUUAGGUAAUAUCUCUAGUGACUUUGAAUACACAGGUAAAUCUGCUGUUGAUACAUCUGUUGGCUUAUUAAAGGGAAGACCGUAUGGGGGAGUUGCCAUUCUCUGGCGGCGGGGCAUUUUUGAUAGCGUUGCUGUGUUAGACUGCAGCAGUACCCGUUUGAUAGGUAUUAGAGCCACUGUAGGGGAGCGCACUGUUUUAAUUUUUUCAGUGUAUAUGCCUACUGACUCGCUGGACAACCUACCUAUUUUCACAGAGGUGUUAGGUGAAUUAAGCGCAAUUGUUGAAAGCGAAUGUGUUGAAAGCAUAUUUAUACUGGGUGACUUUAAUGCGCACCCACAUGAACAUUUUUUUAAUGAGUUGACUAACUUUUGUUCCGAUCAGAGUUGGAUGUGUGCUGACAUAAAUAAACUCGGUUUGCAGUCUAACGUGUACACCUAUGUUAGCGCGGCUCACGGGUGCAGGCGAUGGCUGGACCACUGUGUUGUCUCAGAUUCGGCCUGGCAAUCUGUUGUCGAAGUAGAGGUUAUAGAAGACGUUUUUGUGUCGGAUCAUUUACCACUAAUAAUUAAAUGUGACUUAAAGAUCGUUAGGCCUAAAUUAAUGGCACGUGACUUGCAUCCCAGUUCAGUAAUAUGGGGGGAAAGAGAUCAGAAGCAAAUAUCUAAGUAUCAAAAAUUAUGUCACAGUAGACUGCGUGAGAUUGAUUUCCCUUCUGAGUUGACGGGAUGCAGUCGCGAGUUAUGCGGUUUAGAUGAACACAGGCGGGUGUUAGACCGGCUAUAUAACAGCAUUGUCCAUGCCCUGAGCGAUGCGAGUAGUAAAAGUAAGAAAAAGCCUAGUAACAAGCCAAGUAAAAACCGAAACAUUUGUGGCUGGAACAAACAUGUUCAAGAGGCACAUCGGGUGGCCAGGCUUAACUUUAGGGUAUGGUUAUCAUAUAAUAGACCAUCUUCUGGGAGGAUAUAUGAUCAGAUGAACGAAUCGAGAAAAAUUUUCAAAAGUCGUUUAAAAUGGUGUCAACGAAACCAAGAGCAACUGAAAAUGGACACACUUGCAAAGCAUAGGUUGGAUAAAAACUUUAAACAAUUUUGGAAGGCUACCAAGAGAUGUGAUGUCAGGCCUGGCCUCCCAGUGAGCGUAGGUGGGGAGAGCGAGUCGGUACAUAUUGCAAAUAUGUUUGCGCAACAUUUCAAAGUGCAUUCCCCACUGAGGCAAUCAGUCUCUGUAAAUAAUGCGAAGACCGGAU